AUGUUCUUCUCCAACGUUGUCAUCACCAGCAUCCUGGCCGCCGCCGCCACUGCUCUGCCUCACCGUGCCCGCGACUCGUCCUCCAGCGGCAAUGUCCAGAUCGUGAACAACCUCGGCACAGACGUCUACCUCUGGUCCACCUCCGCCGACUCUGGCGCCAUGCAGACCAUCAAGUCUGGCGGUGACUCCUACACCGAGAACUGGCAGACCAACCCUAACGGUGGUGGUAUCUCCAUCAAGCUGUCCACCAGCGAAAGCCUCGACAGUGUCCUCCAGUUCGAGUACACUCUCGACUCCGACAAGCUCUUCUGGGACCUGUCUUCCAUCAACAUGGACGCCUCUUCCGAGUUCGUCCAGCACGGCUUCUCUGCAAUCCCCAGCGACUCCAGCUGCGACACUGCUACCUGUGAGGCUGGCGACUCCAACUGCGCCGACUCCUACCAGCACCCGGAUGAUGUCAACACUCUUUCGUGCUCGACUGAUGCUCAGUACGUCCUGACUCUGGGAUAA